UCUCCCAAAUUCCGCGGCGGCGGACCGGCGGUUUGUGCCGGCAAAACCCUACAGCGCCGGUGGAAAAGAAGGGCUAGGUUCUCCUAUGUCGCCCACCACCGGUGAGCCGUUGCGGUCCGCCUCCUCCAUUGUCGCCAACACCACGACGGGAUACCACAUUCUCAAGAUCGACGGCUACUCGUUCACCAUGGCCACCCCCACCGGCCAGUGCCUCGAUUCCCACCCUUUCACCCUGGGCGGCCACCGCUGGUUUAUCCGCUACUACCCCAAUGGCAACACGUCGGAGUUCAAAGAUUACAUCUCGAUUUUCCUUUACCUCGACGGAAUUGUUGGCAAGGAGGUGAAGGCACGGUUCCAGUUUCGCCUCGGGGAGCAGCAGGCCAUGACGCUGGAAGAAGUACGCACCUUCGCAAGCUCCAGAGGUUUGGGACACAGCAAGUUCGUCAAAAGAGAAGAGCUGGAGAAAUCCACGCAUCUCAAGGGCGAUUCCUUCACGAUGCGGUGUGACAUCGUUGUCGUCAACGAGUUCCGCACCAAGGAACAGACGGCCGUGGGCGACCCUCCAAGGUUCGUCUCCGUGCCCCCAUCCAGCCUGCACCAUCAUCUUGGCGACCUCCUCCUGGCCGAGAAGGGAGCCGACGUGGUCUUCGAUGUCGGUGGUCAGACGUUCGCUGCACACCGGUGCGUGCUCGCGGCCCGGUCGCCAGUCUUCAGUGCAGAGCUCUUUGGCACAAUGAAGGAGAGCAACACCAACACUGCAGGUGUUAUCCAUGUAGACGACAUGGAGGCUCAGGUGUUCAAAGCUUUGCUAUACUUUGUGUACACGGACUCAUUGCCCAAGACAAAGAAUACAGAGGAAGAGGAUGAGGAGGAAGAUGUCAUGUCUCAGCACCUGCUUGUUGCAGCUGACAGAUACAACUUGGAGAGGCUCAAGCUGUUGUGCGAAGAGAAGUUGUGCAAGUACAUUGAUGUGGGCACAGUAGCUACCAUACUGACGCUAGCUGAGCAACACCACUGCGAGGGGUUGAAGAAGGCAUGCUUGUAUUUUCUCAACACUCCUGCAAAUCUGAGGACAGCCAUGGCCACUGAUGGCUUCAAGCAUCUAAGCAGAAGCUGCCCGACCAUCAUGGAGGAGCUGAUUACUAUGCUUAUCACCUGAAAACAGUGAUGUUCAUUGUUUCAGCAUUUUUAAUUCCUGGUUUCUGGACUUCUUAGUAGCCUGGCCAUCUCUCUUACAAACACUAUGGGU